AACAAACCUUCCCAACAUGUGUGCGCGCAAUUUUCCCAUACAGUCUAAACUCAAGAAAAAAUGAACAGAUACAAAGCUUUCGACCUCCUGAAGCCAGCUAGUGUGGCUGUGGCUCGUGAAGGAGAUGUCAGGAGUGUCAAAGGGCUUCGUCUGGCUGGACGAGCUGCAUAAAUGACCUCAAGGAAUACCUAGUGUUUCCUCUUUUACUUCACCUUAAGAGCGGCAAGAAUAUGACUUGGAGUCUGCAAGAAGAAAUAGUCGAGUGCCUAAGAGAUGUCCUGAGGUUUUCUAUCAUAGAGGAAUUCCAGUUUUUCCAAGAAAUUUUCACACAGUUAUUUCUCAUCCUCACCGACCGUGGAAAUCCACAGAAAGUUGGCAAUGUGAGUGAGGAUUGUAAGCAGGCUGCUUUAGCAACAGUAUCAAUUAUAGUAGACAACGCUUCAAAUGAUGUUAAAGAUAAAAUAUAUGGGGAUGUCUUUAGACCCCAGCUAGGUCAUGCCGUUUUUAUUUGCCUAAAGCUGGCACAGGAAGAAAAGAAUCGCAGUUUAAGAAUUGAAGCCAUAGAGACCUUGUCAGCACUUGGCCAGAAAAAGAACUUUGAGAUGUUUCUCAAAGACCAGCAGAUGGCUAUUAGUCGGACCUUUUCGAACUUUCUUCCUGGUAUCGUAACAGCCCUUGCCAAAAUUGCCACUGGGGAUGAAAAGCAAGGUCAUAAGCUGACUGUGGCUGCAAUUACAACUUGGAUUCACUUUGUGACUAUGGUUAUGAGUGACUGUUUCCUUGAAGAACAAUCUUCUUCCUUCGGAGACAACAAAACUGUGACGGAGCUGAAAGCACGGCUUUUUGGGUUCGAAAUUUGAUCUUCCUGAGCCAGAUGAGGAGAGCAAUUCACAGAAAUUACCAAAUAUUGAGAUGAGUAAUGACUGGAUUCAAGGAACAGCAGACAAAUUGAUGAUCCUGGUCCAGUCAAUGGCUAAGCUGGUGACGCACUCCCACUGGAAAGUGAGACUGAGUCUUGUAGACUGGGCUCAGCAGAUCAUAUGCAAGUGCUCAAGAUCACUAGAAGGCAGUUUAGUCAUGGCUAUAGAAGUGAUAGUGACACUGAGGAGUGAUGAUGGGGUUGAAGUUGGUUCAGCAGCUCAGGAGGCUCUGGUAACCAUCACACAGGUUCUUCAUGUGGGCAAGAACCAACUCCAAGGCAAGCAUCAAGGAUUGAUGGAGCUACUGGAAGAAAAGGUUUAUACCCUCUCUUCGCAGUUGCCGACUAUAUUUCGACAGGAAGAUGAUGUGAAGUCGCUAACAUCUUUAAGGCAGUUACUUGGAUGCUUAGAGGUCCUUGGCGAAAGACUGAGUCAUCUGGUAAUGUGGCCAAGUCACUCACAGCGUCUUUUUAGAGCUCUCACCUCCAUGCUCACUCUCGACGCCAGGGAAUCAGACCUUUUGCUUGAGAAAACAAAUACUCAUGAUCCCUUCGAGGUGCUGAGUCUCAAGCCAACCCUAGGACAGUCCUUCAGAUAUUUCACCGACAGACGCAUUUUCGAGACUCUCACUUCCACCUGUCGACUUAUUGGUUGCCAUAGUGAUGUGAAGGCUGUAACUGACCUGUGCCUUGACCUUCUGCAGGAAACAACACAACACCAGAAGGAAGUCCUCCUUUUGCUUACACUCAUCAUCCAAGGAAGAGAUAGAAAUAAAUUGAAAGAGAAAGACAAGCAGAUUGUCCAGCCAGAAGAGAAUGAAAAUGUUGUGCAAAGUGUGAUAGACCUCAUAGUGUGUCAAGAAAUUUUUGAUGCAGCACUGUAUGUCCACUUGCAAGGCAAAACUAGUGCUAAUGAUGAAGAUACUAUAAAGGACUUUCUUGUCCCAGUUAAUACACACAGGAAUAUAUCAGUGGAUUUGGUGAAGAACAAUGUUGUACUUCUAGCCAAUGCCUUGAAUUUGAUCAGUGCUUGUGCCCAUAUGGUUGGUCCUGAUUUUGUAAUGUUCCUAAACAAAGUUUUAUGCCCAGUGAUGGAAAAAGCUGGAGAAUCCAAUGUACUGGUUGGGCACACAGCUAGUAAUACAUUACAGGAGAUUGCCAAAGCUUGUGAGUUUGGUAGCAGAUCAGAGCUAAUAGAGAAGUGCGUCCCCCACUUUUGGUAUCCUCUUUCAAUGAGGCUCAAGAGAUUGCCACAGUAUCCUUCUGCACCCUUAGUUCUCCAAGUGUGUUUGGAAUAUGCUAAUGUCGACGUAAUGGCUUUCACUGAAGAGUUAGUGGAAGAUGUGUUGCUUUCCUGUGAUAUGCACCAUAGCACACAAGCUUUGCCUCUGCUUAAAGUACUGUUGGUCUAUGUGAUGGCUGUUAAAAAGUAUGAGGCAAAACAUGUGGAUGAAAAUGAAAAACAAGAUGAUCAUAGUGGUUGUGCUGAAAAGAUGGAUGUUCAACAAGAACUUCCAGAAUCUGGUGAUAAGAAGGGGGAGGUUGCCAAUUUUUUGUUAAAUUAUCAUAGAACAAAAAUGAAAGUUCAGGAAGGAUUGGAAACUGAUAGUGAUGAGGUUAUGCAAGAGGAAGUUGGUGAAGCAUUCAAGAAACUAGGACAUCAAGAGGAACAGAUGGAAGAUGAUCAUACUGUUAAUGAUGAAAAGAAAAAAAUUCCCAGGUACAUUGAACUAGUAGUCCGUAUUAUGGAAACAUGUUCAUAUAUGUUGUAUACAAAAGACAGACAAAUCAAACUUUUGAUUUUAGAAAUUACCAGAGUAGGAUCAGAAGCCCUGACUCAUUGGGAGGAUGAAAGAUUACCAGUGUUGCAUAAGCUCUGGAAACCAUUAGUGUUGCGGCUAAAGGACUCAGACUUUGUGGUCUUGAUGCGGGCCUUUCUGGUUCUGUCGACCAUGAUGAUAACUAGUAGUGAGUUCCUGCAAAAGCGAACUAUCAAGGAGAUUUUUCCGCCUCUUUUCUCCUUCUUAAAAAAUCAGAGUUACAUCAGCCUUGGCAAGUCACGGAGGAGUGGUUACUACAUGACUAUGGCAUAUAAAGCCCAGUAUGCCAUUCUUGACAGAUUAGGGAUGUUUGUAAAUACCUUAAAUCUCAGGGUGUUCAAUAUCUCUGAACUCUUAAAUGUCAUAGUGCUCUAUUUAGAAACGAAACAACCCCCAGCACUGUCUGGGUUAGGUCUUGAUAUAGUCAAGAAAAUUGCCAUUAAACAUCCAAAUAAUGUGUGGCUGCUACUCGCAUAUCAGCAGCCCCCUAUGAGAAUCAUUCCCCCGGUGCCAAGCUUACCAUCUGUUAAGAUUUCUGGAUCUGCAUCAAGAACAUUAAUCACUGAAGCAACAAAUUUGUACAAGCAGCUGUCAUAGAUAUGUGUAAAUAAAGAUUUAAAUUUUAA